AUGAACCGAGAUUCCAAAAAACGUAAAAGAGAAAACAAUUCUUCACCAGAAGACAGAGGUAACUAUGAUUCACCAUUAAACGGUACAAGAGUUUAUAUUUUAAUUCUUCUACCUAAAAGACGUCGUUCCAUAACUCCUGAUCAACGAAGACCACUACCUGAUGGAGGGGAUCAUUAUGUACCAAAUUAUGAUAAAGAUGGUUAUACACCAGCCCCCAGAUAUCAUGGUAGAGCUUCAGAAGUACGAUUUGCCCCACCUGGGUAUCCUGUAAUGCAAAUGGGAUUUAAUGUCCCAAAUCCACAAAUGCUUCCUCCUGGGGCACCUAUUAUGCCAAUGGAUUGGGCAGGUCCAACCGGAAGGCAAGAACCUUUAAAAGAUCCGGAUCAACUAGACUUUCUGGUUACAUUUAAAUACUUUUCAGAUUUUAUGCAGUAUACCAAUCCAAAAUCCAGACCUGGUGAUGAAGAACUACACAAGAAAUACAAUGAAUACAAAGAAGCAUUUGCUGUCAAGCAGUUAAAAACAUUUUUUGAAGCACAUCAGAAAGAAGAAUGGUUUCUUGAGAAAUAUCAUCCUAAAUAUAUGGAGCCCAGGAUAGCUAUUACGAAAGAAUUGAAAAAGAAGCAGUACGAACAAUUUAUUUCUGAUCUAAAGGAAGGAUUACUUGAUAGUAUUAAUAAUGAUGCCAAGCUAGAUAUUAAAAUCGAAUCUAAUGAAGAUUCUCACAGACUUUUUAUAAAAAGUGUCUCGCCAAAUAUUCCAAGACAGAAAAUUGAAGAAAUGUGUAAAGAAAUUCCUGGAUUUAAAUAUCUUGCACUUUCUGAGCCUAACCCUCAAAAAAAAUUUCACCGUCUUGGAUGGAUUGUUUUUGAAGAGGAUACAGACAUGGAUAGUGCGUAUGAAAAACUUAAUGAAAAAAAAAAUCAAAGCGGGCCAGUUCGUAAUCGGAUUACACCCGAAAUUGCUAAUACACCAGAAAGGUUAAAAAAAGAUUUAAUUUCAGCACAAAAACUCAUUGAAAAACUUGAUAAUGAUGUAGAUUCUAAUACAUUUGAUGGAAGUAAAUUGAUCAAGCAAAGAAUUGGUGUUUUUCUCAAAAACGAAGACCCAGAAGAAAUCAAUACAGUUAAAAAAACGUUAGAUAUGUAUAUUGAAUAUUUAAGACGUGUUCAUCUAUUUUGUUAUUAUUGUGGAAGUGAAUCUGAUUCCAUUGAAGAACUUUCACGAAAAUGUCCUGGCCGUCAUUUGAGAAGUUUAGUUGGAACAGAUACAAAAAAUCCUUCCAAAAAUACCAAGGAUAAACAAGUUAAUGCAACUCAAUGGCAGAAGACUUUGGAAAAUAAGAUUGCUUAUAAAACUGAACCUUGGAAAUUUGAGGAAGAAGUUGAAAAACAAGGCGGACAAAGUAUUCAACAAGUUCUUGAUAAAUUUUAUCAAGAGAAUGUGAUUGAGGUUGACCCUGGCCGUAAGUUUAAAUGUAAUUUGUGUUCCAAGUUAUUCAAGGGAGCUGAUUUUGUUAAAAAGCAUAUUGAUUAUAAGCACAACGCAAAAAUUGACGUUACUACAAACGAGAUUAAGUUUUAUAAUAAUUAUGUGCUUGAUCCCAAUCAUUUACUUCCGACCACGCCACCUAAUCCAACAGCAACGCUUAAUGUCCCUCAGAAUGUUACACCAAUUCCACCUAAUCCGUUUCCUGUAAUGACUAAUGCACCACCACCACCUUUUAUGGGGUUCAGUUUCCCAACAAUUGUUGGGGCGGCAGCUGGAACUCCGCAUGAUCAAAUUCCAAGGAUUGGUUUUGAAAUCAAAGAUGGUAAUGGUCAAAGAGGACAAAGAAUUAAUGAUAAAAGAAGACAAACGAAUCCUGGUAAACAAAGUGCUGAUCCUCGUCAAGUUAAAUCAUAUGUUGAUUUGGAUGCCCCGGCUGAAGGAGAUAUAGAAAUUAAGUAUUAG